GUUACUGUUACUCUCCUUUCUCUAAUCUCAAAUCUCAACUUAAAUACUUGACCGACACGGGGAUCCCUCACUAGCUAGUCCGGUCGGCCAACUCAUACGUAUAAGAAGCCCGCCGGGCUUUCCUUAAACUUAAACUUAUCGUGGAAGGCUCUUCAUCCACGAUUGUCAAGAGCAUAACUGCUGCUCAUCUUAAAAAAAAACUCAAGAGCAUAACUGCUGCUCAACUUAAAUAUCUCAAGAGCAUAACUGCUGCUCUAUAUGAAAAUCUCAAAUGGCAACGGACUGACGCUAGUGACUAAAAACACUUAAAACGACUUCACCUUCUUGAAGGUGAGUUACUUCUUAAAAAUAACAUGUUUCUUAAACUUUGACAAUAACUUAUACUCGUAAAAUUUCAAAGUAAAUAAUAAACAUUCACUUCAAGUCAUAAUUCAAACAAGGCACAUAUCAUCAUCAUAAGCAUAAUCAAACAACGAUAGUCACUUCAUCAAAAUACUUAAAGCUCAUAAUACUUAAAAGAACACGUAAGGCGUAGAAUUUACCCCUUUACACUCACAUUAUUACAAUCACUCUGGAUUACUCAGGGUUCCUCGUUUAGCUAUCCAUGCAAUUUCUAUCUCCUUUGCAUCAUUCCAAAAGCUGCAUGUGAUUUCCAUUACAAUAAAAUCAGUUCCUUACGUACUAUAAUUCUCUCAUUCUUAAUCCUCAAUUAACCCUUCCCUCGAAUCAAUUCCCAAAAGCCACGUGAAUACCAUCCUUUGGAAUGGGCAAUUUAUUCAGAUUGAUAAAACCCAUUUAACGUAAAAAGCAGCUAGCCAAUCAUGAACAGGCUUACCUUGCUAAAGGCCGCCAUAAUCUCCUCUUUCUCCCGUAUCCAAUUACUCGUCCCAUCAAACCGUUAGCAACCAAUUAUGUCCAACGCUUUUGUCGGUUGAGGAGAUUAGGUGGUCUGAAUCCACACUAAGCUGCGGUAAUGGUUGGAAGUGAUGGAAACCAUGCAGAUGGUGGGUGGAACUCUGGGGGUUCUCGAGGGAAAGAGGAGGGUCGACGGAGGGCUGGCGUUGCUGCUACCUUUGGUCGCGCGGCUGUUUGCGAGAGUGUUGGAAAGUGUUUGGGGAUGGUGGCGAUGACCGGCUGUUGCGACUUCGUCGAUUCAUCUGUUCAUCUCAAAUCAAUGCUUUCGUGUAUCCCCUCGGAUAAACUCUCUCUCGCGAUCGCAUCCGGUUGCGAAUGCGGCUGCUUAUUCUUGCUGUGGCAGGGUGAUGAUGGGGAGGGGAUUUUGUGAGCACUCAAAUAGAAGGGCGGAAACUCUGCUUUUGGUUUUCUCUAUGGGAAUAGAGUGACUUUCUGAGUUGUUCUGUUUAGGGUUGCUUUUUACGUUUCUCUUAUGGGGAGCUGGGAGUAACCGAAGCAAUCACUAAAAGUGUCGGUUGAAAUAAAAAUAAAUGGUCUCAAUUACUCGGGUCUUGAUUAUAGGACAAGGCUUGGUUCGAUUCAAGUUUUAGUUCGUCGAUUCAAUCCAUACAUUUAUUAUGGGUUGAAUCCAAACUUAAAAUCGGGGUGUUACAGUUUCUCAAAAAGAGAGCAUUGGUCGUUAAAUGUAUAGGUGGUAAGUGUUUUUACUCUCUAGUACCCCCCCCCCCCUCAAAAAGAAAAGAAAAGGAAAGGAAAGAAAAGAAAAGAAAAGAAAAGAGAUACAAAAAAAAAGGUAAUAAAAUGGGUAAAUAAAGUAGAGAGUGCCACGGAAAACCAAAGUACAUGCUCUAGGAGGGGUUUCUUGGCACCCAAGCCAUUGAAACCCCCCACAUUAUUUUAGAAUCCCUUCACUACCAAACCUUAAUGUGCUAGCAAGAGUUGACCGAGGAAGAGUGAUUUGAUGUAGUUCACGAUGGGUGAUAGUUUGGAAGGGAGAGACAAGGUUUUUGGCCGAUGCUAGUGGCCUUGGGUUGAAGAGAAGGGUGUUAGUCGAAACCAUAGAACCUUUGGGGUUUUGGUUGAAGAUAUAGAACCUCACGUCAUGAUUGACACCACCCAAAAAACCUUUUUCCCAUGUCCAAGACAAUUGCCAGUCAUCUGAACCCGUGUCUAAGACCUCCGGACAAGCUAGUGGUGACAACCAUCCCGUGAACUCUAGCAUUUAGAGGUUACCGCCGUGGUAUUGAGACGAUAGGGCGGAGUUUUAUGAUUGGGCCCAUAUUUUGCAUCAAAAAGGUCCCGACCCCACUGGUCUUGAGACUUGAGAGUGAGUGAUUCAUUUUUGCUUUACAUGUCAUAUCAUACCCCGGUGAGGACCUUUGUUGCCUUUCCAUUUGUUCCUCGGACUUGAAUUUCAUACAUGGUUGGUUUUGGUUGAUAAGUUCUCUUGUUGAGACUUGCAUUGAUCCAUGAACAAGGUGAGAACUUUUCGCUUGCUCGUUUUGGGUGGCUUCGAAUGCCGUUUGUGCUCGGACUUGAAUUUCAUACAUGGUUGGUUUUGGUUGAUAAGUUCUCUUGUUGAGACUUGCAUUGAUCCAUGAACAAGGUGAGAACUUUUCGCUUGCUCGUUUUGGGUGGCUUCGAAUGCCAUUUGUGGUGGAUUUCGGUAUUGCUUGCAACAGUCCAUGUAUUGAGUGCCAAUAACCAUUGAUAAUUCCCACUUUGUGCCCUUUGAGUUGUCCCGAAACUAUUUGUAUAGGUUGAAAUAUUACAUUGUGUGAAAUGGUUUGCUUGGGGACAAGCAAAUGUCUAAGUGUGGGGAAGUGAUUCGGGCCUAAUUCUACAUAUUUUGCCCCCGUUUACCUUAGUCGUUUGUGGCAACUCCGCUCCUAAAAGGUUGGUUUUACGCUAAGUUUCUCGUGUUUUAGUGUGUUUCAUGAUUUAACAGGCGAAACCAGCCUUGGAGUCGAAAGUUGGACGAAAAGGAUCGAAAACCGGGAGAAGAGGUGAAAAACGGCGAGUUCACGGUUUUCCUUGGCCGUUCACAGUCUUGUAUGACCGUGAAAAAGAGCCAUUGACCGUGAAAUUUGAGGCGUCCAGAGCCAAAAUGCAAGUUACUGACGCCAAUUGUGUUCACGGUCUCUAAGACCGUGAACAGGAGCUGUGGACCGUGAACACAAGCCAGCGAAGCGGUGCGUUUCGGAGGCCAAUUGGAGUUCACGGACGCGUUUCAUUGUUCACGGCCGUGAACUGGAGCCGUGAACAUAGCUCGUUCCCUGUUUAAAAGUUGAGCUGAAAGGAAGAGAGAAGGAGAGCCCACUUGAGUUAGAAAGCCUUCUUCUGAUUUCUAGAGAGAGAAACACGAACCAAAGAAGAAGGAGGCUAGGUUUUUGCUCCAUGGUGGAUGUUGAGAAGAUUUUCUCCAAGGAAAGUUCAACACAAGGACCAAGAAUAUUGGAAGCCUCCUCCAAGAUGGUUUCUACCCCUUCUCCUUCUGUUUCUCCCAUUUCUAGCAUGGAGUAGAAUUCUUUUCACUUGGGUGUGGUGAACCCUAACUCUACCAUGUAGUUUUCUUUUAUGUGAAUUGAAUGAUUGUCAUUGGAUAUUUUCUAAUUCAAAUGUUUGAGGUAUUAUUCAUCUUGAUUGUGCAUGUUUGUGCUUAGCAUCCUUAGGUUUGUGCAUGAUUGGUGCUUAGCAACCUAAGGAUUGUGCAUGUCUAUGCGUAGCAAUCUAAUUAGCCACUUAACCUAGUGUAGAGAGGGAAACCCCCCCCCCCCCCCCUUUCCAAGAGAGUCUCAAUUGAAUUGGUAUCCUUAGACCUUUUUAAGUCUUCUAACUCGGUUAAUUUAGGGCAAAUCUCAAUAUUGGAUUAAGAAAUUUGGUUAAGCGCGUUUAAGCCGUCCAACCCAUGGUUUGAGUGAGGGAGUAAGUCAACCAUUGAUUGCCUAAACCGAGAGGGCCUAGUGACAGCCUAUAAUGCAUGCCUCGGUUUAGCAAUCAUGAGCAAAUAUGGUCUUCCCCUAGAGGUUAGCGAUCACCUUGCCCAUAGCAAUCAUUUCGGUUCACAUACCAUGGUAGUAGUUAGGGGGAAGUGACACCCGAGUGAUCCUUCCACAAAAGAGCUUUCAAAACCAUUCACAUUUGUAUUGUUUUACUUUAAUUAGCAAACUUUUCAGCCAAAACUUUAUUGCUAGAUAAUGAUUCAAAUGACUGAAGUAGGGGUAGACGGACCGGUCUGGGUUGAUAUUCAAACAUAAUUACUACACCCGACUAAGGUUUAUACUUGGAACUUAGGCGGGAAAUUAUUGUGGUAUUUGGGACGAUUCAACAAGGAAUUCUCAAAUAGAAGGGCCCUGACCUCUUAUGUUGGAAGGUUUCCCUUUGGUCUCCACCUCUAUGAGCCGCCUUUCCUCUCGAUAAAUGUAUUUGAUGUAA